AUGACGACACCUACUCUCCAAUUCCGCGCAGCCGCUCCCAUUGACGCCCCCAAGGUCCAACAACUCGUGGAAUCAGCCUUUCGAGCAAACGACUCUCGCCAAGACUGGACCGGCAACGUCGAGCUCGCCGCCCACUUCCGCCUCGCCGUGGACGAAGUGCGCGCAAAGCUAGCAAACCCAGACAUCAUCACCCUCGUGGCCCUUGAUGCCGACAACCCCGCCGUGGUGGUUGCGACCAUCGAGGUGUCAAAACGCGACGGCGCAGGUCGUCUCUCCAUGAUUGCAGUCGACCAGUCCUACCAGCAGGGCGGCGUGGGACGACAGGUUCUCGAGUAUGCUGAGGAGUACUGCCGUCAGAAAUGGGACGUGAAGAAGUUUUCGCUGAAUGCGCUCUCGACGCGCAAGGCGCUUAUUGAGUGGUAUGUACGGCGGGGGUACGAGAAGACUGGGGGAACGAGUGCGUUUCCGAGGGAGAGGUUUGCGGAGUUGACGUUGCCGGAGGAUAUGUGCUUUAUUGAGCUGGAGAAGGAUUUUGUUGGGGGACUGAGUGGCUGA